AUCAAAGGGGUGCGCAUUCUGGAAGUCAACGUUCUGGCACCCCUCAUGGAGGACCCCUCCUUGGACCUGAAGGUGAUCCACCUGGUCCGAGACCCGCGGGCGGUGGCCAACUCCCGCAUCAAGUCCCGGCACGGCCUCAUUCGGGAGAACCUGCAGGUGGUGCGCAGCCGGGAUCCCAAACUCCGCCGGAUCCCCUUCGUGGAUCCCGGCCACAAGGCCAACAAGAAGGACGGCUCGGACUACCACUCCAUUGGCGCCAUGGAGGUGAUCUGCGACCGC